AAUUAAAUUUAUCCUCAAAUUAAGCGUUUUGCCUGAACAAAACUCAAGUCCGCCUAAUACAAAACUUAUGGUUGGUAUGAAUGACAUCACCGCCUAACUAAUUACAGUUAUUUAGUCUUUCUAAAACUCUAUCAGAGUAAUAACUCCUCUCUUCAAUCGCUUAAUUAUAUAAAAAGCAAUGCAAGAUAAACUAAACUAUGAAGUUUCUCCCCCAAAUUCCGCAAAGAUGGAGGUAAUCAACGCUGAUUACCAGUUACUUCAAAACGACUGCGUUCAGUACGACGAAGAAUCUCCUUUGUUGUUACCAAUUAAUCAUGAAAUUCAAAAUAAUAAUCGUGUUGUUAAUCGAAGGUGGUUAAAUAUGCCAUUAACAUGGUUGAUGAUUGUUCUGGGUACUGUUAUUGCAAUUUCUGCAAUUGUAAUCAUCAAACGUUUUGCCCCAUCUUUCGCCAAGAAGGAGGUUAUUCCUGUAGUACUCUGGCUGAUACAAACUUGCAGUCCGCCCGUGCUUGCAGCUAUUUUGUUUGCUGCAAUAGCCUUGUGUCCGCUUCUACUUUUGCCGACUGUGCAGUUUAAGUGGAUUGUUGGAAUGACUUUUGGUUAUGGAAUUGGCUUCUUGCUGAUCAUGGCUGCAGUAACUGUUGCUGUUUCUUUGCCUUAUUUCAUAGCUUACCAUCUGUUUCUUCACAAGAUCGAAAAAUGGUUGAUUAAUCAUCCUGAAAAAGCUGCCUUUGUUAAAUUUGCUGGUGAAGGCGAUUGGUCUCAUCAGUUUCGAUUUGUUGCUCUGAUAAGACUUUCUCCAUUCCCAUAUGUGGUGUUCAACUAUGUUGCUGUGGUUACCGGUGUUAAGUAUAGUUCUUACCUGGUGGGAACUCUGAUAGGGAUGGUGCCUGAUGUACUGCUUGCAAUGUACAGUGGAAAACUGUUUCGCACAGUGGCACAAGCAAUGGAGGAGCAUACUCAUGUUUCAAAAUACCAUUUGAUUUUUGAUGGCAUAGGCUUCUGUUUAUCUGCGGUAUCCACCAUCGCCAUUGGGUUUUAUGCAAAACGGAGAUUGAAACAACUUCAACAGGCAGAGGAGCAACAACAAUUGAGGUAGCAGAUCUUUCUUCAAAGACUUGCACAAUUCUUCCACGUUGAAUUUGAUAAAGUAGGAGAUAAUGCCCAAGUUUUGGAUAUUAUUCAAAAUGUAAAUAUCUAUACAUCUAGUGUACAUAUUUUGGUAUUAAAGACAAAAUUGUUGAUCAAAUGAAGAAUUUUUGAGAUGUGCAAUGAGAUAUCAAAUAGUUGCUCUUUAUUUUAGCUACUAAGUUAUGA